UACAAAACUCACUUGCUUCGCUCCACACACAGUGUUGAAGCGGUGUCUCGUUAACUUGCAUCGAUUCACUCUGCUCAUCUUCCAUCAAUUAUUUCCGUUCUAUCCAUAUAUUUGCAAUUUUUAUCGUGUUCUGAGUCUUGCUUAUGCGUCAUUGUUCGGGCUGGAUACCAGUUAUUUUUAAGUUGGUGCUCCAGACAAUCCGACUACGAGAAAUAGAGGAAAAAUCCUUCGAAACGAGCAGUAGUCUCAAGAAAUAAAGGCGCUGACACACUCUAGCGAGGAUAAUCAAAAUCUUGUCAAAAUAGAUGAAGAAGAUUGUAGAACUAUCAGGAUUGCUAGAAUCAGUGAAGUAACUGCACGUCACAAUCAUCGAUCGAUUCAGUCGGUGACAAAAAUUCGACUUUCGAAAAGUUUUUCGAAAUAAUUUUAACUUGCGGAGGAGAGAAGAAGUUUAUGAUAUUUUUUUUAGUAAUCUUUUUUAUCAACGCUGUCCAUAGAUCUAGCGUAUUCACGCGUCAAGCACAUGUAACAUUAGGACGUGAUAUAUAAUUCAAUAGAAAAUUAAAUUUGAUUAGGUUAAAAAAUAUAGUUGUUGUCGAAGAAAUUGAUCACUAUUAAACUUUCGUUAAAUUGCGUUUGAAACAUCAUAAAUUAAAAAAAUUCUAAUAACGUCUCGAGUGAGUUUCCUGAACAAAUUACUAAUAUAUCUCACGGCGCAAUCGUCCGUUGCAAUUUAGGAAACGAUGCAAACAGCUUUAAUUCUUAGUUUUGUUUUAUCGUGUUUUUUGUACGAUUCUCAUUAAGACAACCAAGGACAAGCAGAACAAUAUGCCGUACUUUCGUCGCAUUGUGUAGACUUCUUGAUGAAUGCACGUGUUGCUGCGCAUCUGCAACACUUCACAAUAUUUAUAAAUAAAUCAGACAUUAAAAAAUGUCAGGCGUAGUGGAAUGGUACAGAGAUUUGAUAGAUAAUAAACAAGAUCCGAGAACGGUAGGAUGGUUCCUAGUAGACAGUCCUGGUCCAAUUUUAACAAUUGUAAUAACAUAUGUGUACUUCUGUGUUUCCGCUGGGCCGAGAUACAUGAAAGACAAGAAGCCGUACGACUUGAAGAACACUCUGAUAGUUUAUAACUUUAUUCAGAUUUUAUUAAGUGUUUAUCUGUUUCAUGAAGGCUUGAUGAGCGGUUGGCUUUACGAAUAUGAUUAUAUCUGCGAACCGGUCGAUUAUUCAUUUAAAUCGACUUCAAUGAGAAUGGCUCGUGCCGUUCACACGUAUUACAUAUGCAAAGUGAUCGAACUACUCGACACAGUAUUUUUCGUGAUGCGCAAGAAAGACCGACAGAUCACGGCUCUGCAUCUUUACCAUCACUCCAUGAUGCCAAUUUGCGCGUGGAUCGGCGUAAAGUUCUUCGCCAGCGGACACCCGACCUUGCUCGGCGUUAUCAACGCUUUUAUUCACAUCUUCAUGUACACGUACUAUAUGCUGACUGCGUUCGGGCCGCAUAUGCACAAGUACGUCUGGUGGAAGAAAUAUCUGACGAUCAUGCAGAUCGUGCAGUUUAUCAUUGUGUUCUGUCACAAUCUUCAAAUGUUGUUCACAAGUUGCAACUUUCCGAAGCCGCUGUCGUUUCUGCUCGUGCUUAACGCCGGCAUUUUUACGUACAUGUUCGGAUCGUUCUAUGUGGAUAAUUAUUUGAAAUCGGACGCGCAACAUAAAUCAAAAACAAAGAAGGACGUUGUCAGUAUUACCAGCGACGGUUCUAAUCAAAUUAGCGAUAAUAAUACACUUGUCAACGAAAACAUUAUCAAUAAGUGCGAUUAAAAAAAACUCACGCUGUAGACUUCGGUGCGAAAUUUUUUAAUCGUGCCGAAUAAGAUAAUUUUUUAAAACAAAAAAAAGUCUUCCAAACAUGAUUUAUCUAUGAAAAAUAGAUCAAAUUAUUUUUUAGUACGCGUAUUUCUUAGAUUCCGUGUAAUGUAGAUGAAAUACAACAGCGCGUUACACGGACAGCGCGACGUUCUCGUGACUUCAGUGUUAUUUCUGCCGAUAUUUCUGCAACUUGACUUACGAAAGUAGGUUAACGAGUACCAAUAAUAAGAGGAAAAAGAAAUUUUGUGAACAAUCGGCUUAAACGUGAUCAUUUCUAUAUACUUACCAAAGUACGCGCCAAAAUAUUUUGCUUAUUAUUAUUUAUACAAAAUUAUUUAUCUAAAAUUACAUGUGCAAUUUUAGACUUUGCGUAAGCAUGAUAUAAUCUGGCGUGAGAUACACGAUUCAAUUUUAUCUAAUUGUUCGUUAAAAAUGUGUAAAAGAUUUAUUUUACUCGUUUUAUAUUAUGAAAAUCAUGUAAAAUGUGUGUGUGUAUAUAUAUAUAUAUAUAUAUAUAUAUAUGUAUAUGCUAGUUUGAUAUGUGAAAAUAAGACGAAAUUUCUCAAUAAUAAAACCUACGUGUAAAAAAAUGAAGUUGCAUGGCAAAGUUAUACAAUUCUAAUGCAAAAUAGUGCAAUCUUUGUGUUGAAAUUUUAGAUCAAACAAACACAAAUUCUUAAUUUAUAAGAAAACAUUUUUGAUACUUUUGUACCGAUACUAUUUGCAAUAAAAGAUGUGAAACAAAUACUAUAUAUAAAUGAAAUUUUCAUAUUAUUAUUUCUAGAUUAGAUUAAGUACUCCGUCUUCGAUAACUGAUAUUGUAGCAACUAAUUGUUGAAGAUAAAACAAUCUGUGUAUAAACUUGUAAACUUGAUAGAUAAACGUGAUAGAUAUA